CUCAUAAAUAAAUAAGAUCCAAGAAAAUGAAGCCCAAUCCAAAUCGAAAUUGAGUUAGUAAUCAGUAGCCCAGAAAACUGUCUGUAAAAAUUCAGAAGCCCAGAAAACUGUGUAAAAAUUAACGUUUCUUCUUCUUCUCCUCCAUAUUCAUCAGUCGUCUCGUCACCCCUAAUUCAAUUUAUUUAGGUUUUUAUUCAAUUAUUUUCCCACUUUCUCUCUCCUCUUCUGGUUUGUUGGGGUUCCUUGCUCAUUUCGAUCUUCCCAUUUUGGUGGCUGCUAAUUACACCAACCCCAUCCUUAAUCUUCUCUCUCCUCCCUAAAAUUCAUCAAACACCCAAAAUUCAAACCCCAACCACAAGUAAAAAAGAACAAAAAUAAUCAAAAUCAGCAGAGUUUAAUUAAUCUUCCCAUCUCACCCACCUUUCCACAAUUUUGGGUUAAUUUAUGAGAAAAUUGUGAGAAAUGGUGGGAUUUUGAGGUGGGUCUUUUAUGUUUUUGGGGUGGGGUUGUUGUUUAAAUGAAGGAUCCAAUGUGGGUGGAUGAUGCAAGUGCGCCAUCAACCUCAAACACUUUGCCGCGCUCACAAAUUAGCAACCCUGCUCCUCGUCACAGAAGUGGAGACAACGUGUUCAGCCUUUUAGCACGUAGAGAAAUCGCUCCUCGAACAAAACGUUCUACAAAAAGGUUAUGGGGAGAGAGUUCAGAGGGUGGUUUUGACGAUCUUUACCAUAUUUUUGAAGCUGGAAGGGAUGCAAGACGUAGCCUCAUCUCAUGGGUUGAGGCAGAUUCCUUGCGUCAUUUAUCCGCCAAGUAUUGCCCUCUUGUCCCUCCUCCUAGGUCGACAAUUGCAGCAGCCUUCAGUCCAGAUGGGAAGACACUUGCUUCCACACAUGGAGAUCAUACUGUAAAGAUAAUUGAUUGCCAAAGUGGAAACUGUCUGAAAGUGCUAAGUGGGCAUCGGAGGACACCCUGGGUGGUUAGAUUCCAUCCAACAAUUCCAGGCUUGCUCGCUAGUGGGAGUCUAGACCAUGAAGUUCGGCUUUGGGAUGCAAAUACAGCGGAAUGUAUUGGGUCACGGGAUUUUUACCGACCAAUUGCUUCUAUUGCUUUCCAUGCCCAGGGAGAGCUGCUUGCAGUUGCUUCAGGACACAAGCUAUACAUAUGGCACUAUAAUGAAAGAGGAGAAAUGCCCAUCCCUACUGUUGUCCUAAAAACACGGCGGUCAUUGCGUGCUGUUCACUUCCAUCCCCACGCUGCACCCUUUUUAUUAACAGCUGAGGUUAAUGACCUUGAUUCUUCAGAUUCAUCAAUGACACUUGCAACUUCUCAGGGUUACGUGCGAUAUCCACCUCCUACUGUAUAUGUUGCUAAUGUUCAUGCUUCUGACUGGUCUAGUUCAGCCGAGGAACUUCCUCUCAUGUCCCUCCCUUUCUUGAUCUGGCCCCCACUCCCUAGAAAUGAUGGAAGAAUAUCUUUCCAGCAUUCAGAUGGGAGUACAGGCUCAAGUAGUGUGCAGCCGAGGUUUGGUCCUUCAUCGGUGAGGUUGCUGACAUAUUCAACCCCAUCUGGACAGUAUGAACUCCUGUUGUCUCCAAUUGAAUCUAGUAACACAACUUCCGUUCCAGAUGAAAUGAGGCCUUCUAGAUUAUCGGCUGAGAUGGAAACCUCUGCUCCGGAGUCUUCUGUUGAUGCUAUGGAAACAUCUGAUGUACAACCGGAAGAGAGGAACACUCAAUUUUUCCCUUUUGGAGACCCUGCUUAUUGGGAUCUACCUUUCUUGCAAGGAUGGUUAAUUGGUCAGAGCCAAGCUGGACAACGUAUGGCACGUCCAGAAAAUUCUGGUUCACAGGAACUUUCUUCUGUACCAAGUGAGAUGUUAAACCAGGAUCCAGUGACUUUGUCAGCCAUGCAAAUGGGUACAUCCUAUACAAGGGGCAGCAAUCGGUCCAGUUCUCGUCACCGUUCAUCACGUUCUCGUGCAGUAGCUAGUGCUCCUCCAGUAGAAGCACCUGCUAUUCCACAGGAUGAAGGUGAUCCUCAACCUGCCAUUAGCAGAAUUCAAUCUGAGCUUGCCACGUCACUAGCGGCUGCCGCGGCAGCAGAGUUACCAUGCACUGUGAAGCUUAGAAUAUGGCCUUAUGACAUAAAAGAUCCAUGUGCCCAUCUUGAUGCAGAGAAAUGUCGUUUGACUAUUCCACAUGCCGUCCUUUGCAGUGAAAUGGGUGCUCAUUUUUCUCCUUGUGGGAAAUUUUUGGCAGCUUGUGUUGCAUGUAUGCUGCCGCAGGCAGAAGGUGAACCCGGAACACAGUUGCAAGCUCACCAUGAUGCGUUAGGAGCUGCAACUUCACCAACAAGGCAUCCAAUAUCAGCUCAAUCGGUUAUGUAUGAACUAAGGAUAUAUUCCCUUGAAGAGGCAACGUUUGGGUUAGUACUAGCAUCACGGGCAAUAAGGGCUGCUCACUGUUUGACGUCAAUUCAGUUCUCACCUACGUCGGAACACUUGUUGCUUGCCUAUGGACGCCGUCACAAUUCUCUUCUCAAAAGCAUUGUCUUUGACGGGGAGACUACUGUCCCUAUUUACACAAUUUUAGAGGUUUACAGAGUUUUGGAUAUGGAGCUUGUGAGAGUCCUUCCUAGUGCAGAGGAUGAAGUCAACGUGGCUUGCUUUCAUCCUUCAGUUGGUAGCGGUCUUGUCUAUGGAACUAAGGAGGGAAAGCUUAGGAUUCUCCAAUUUGACAGUUCCAAUGGCCUGAACUGUACGACUUCCUGCUUUCCUGAUGAAAAUUUGUUGGAGGUCCCAUCACAUGCUUUAGAAUGCUAAUGUCAGGAAUGAUUCUCACAUCCGAGUUAAACUGUGUCAGGAAAACGGUGACGAAAAUGGAGCCAUGAAACCGACAGUUGGGAUGCCACAAAGUCUUUUUGUUCUCUGAAAUGUGAGGUUAUUUGUUUCUUGUUGUAGCCUGCUAAUACCGAAGCUGUUCUUAGAGCUGUCGUCCUCUCAGAGUGUCCGAAUUCCUUUGUAAACCAUUUCCCUGCUGCAACUCGCGAAAAUGGCGCCAAGUCGGACAUAUUUAAGGAAGUUUAACCACCCCUAUUUUACUCGAGGGAGGGUUUGUUGAUUAAGAUCAAGCUUUGCAACAACUGUAAGUGCAGAUGGAAGUAUGUUUUAACGUUGUAUGAAUUGUAUGAUUGUAAUUUAACAGGGCCCUGAGCAAUUAGGAAUGGUGCUCUAUCAAGAGUCUAGGGUGGUAUAAAAGUCAAUGUAUUAGUUGUAUGUUAUGUUCAUUUGAAAUGCCCAAGAUCCACAUACGGUCGGAUGGGUAGUUGUAGAAACUUACAAUACGACACUGAUAGUGUUAGUGCUGGUGUUGGUGAUGGUAGGAAAGCCAUUCCAUAUAUAAAUUUAUGUUACUUUUGCUUACUUAGCAAACAAAAAUGUAAAAAGAAAGUUGUUCCAACAUGGAAAUAGUUUCUUUUCUAACAA